CCGUACGGCGAGCCGGGCCCCUCGUAGAGCCCGGCCCGGCGAUAGCUAGUGGCCGGGGCCAGGACGGGGGUCGGGGUAGCCAUGGCCAGUACAAUGGUGGCAGUUGGCUUGACCAUAGCAGCAGCUGGAUUUGCAGGUCGCUAUGCAGUAAAAGCUAUGAAACAAAUGGAGCCACGAGUAAAACAAGCACUUCAGAAUCUACCAAAACCUGGUUUCAAUGGUUAUUACAGAGGUGGAUUUGAACCCAAAAUGACUAAACGAGAAGCAGCUUUAAUACUAGGAGUGAGCCCUACAGCAAAUAGAAGUAAAAUUAGAGAAGCUCACAGACGGAUAAUGCUCCUGAAUCAUCCAGAUAAAGGUGGCUCUCCGUAUGUAGCAGCCAAAAUCAAUGAAGCUAAGGAUUUAUUGGAAGACCAAGCUAAAAAAUGAAGGAGAAAAUCAAGAGGGUUUGUCCAUGCAAAUGAUUAUUUUUGAUAAACGGCUUUAAAAAAGUUCUAAUGUCAGUCUUUGACUUACAUAAAUGAAGCUGGAAUUAAUGAAUCCACAGAG